AUUCGCUUCACGAAAGAGCCAUCUUUUGGUCGCUUGGUUAUAAACACACAUUUGGUAAUUGAUCGGCAAAAAUACUUCAACGAUAAGGCAUACAUAUUCUCAUUUUAUCUUGGGAUUACGGAUUUCAAAAUAGUGAAGAACUCAUCUUGCCAGAAUUUCGAUAUAGAGAUGAUGAUUUAUAGCAAAGUCUGCUUGUACAACCUCAGAGGAGUGUGAUCCAUCACAUUUAUUAACUGUAAAAUAGAAUCAAACAGGAUUUGGAGAAUGGGCAAAUAUCGAUGGAAGCUUCCGAUUCUGUGUAUCAUACUAUUUGUCUGUGUAAGGUAUUUUGUGUACCGACAAGCCGACCUAAACACAGCUGUUCCAACCUCUCCUCAUGGAGGAAAAGCGGAAAUCGUAACGACUGUUAAUUAUUUCGCUCAAAUUUCAGACAAUUCAAAAAUAAUGCAUAACGGAACAUUGAUUCGUGAAUUAAACGGACAGCAACCCAAACUAAAUACAGUCGUUCCAGUUUUGCCGCAAGGAGGAAAGGUGGACAUCGUAUCGAAUAGCAAUUCUUCCGUUCACAGCUCUGACACGUCAAAAAUGAGGCAUAACGGAACAUUGAGUAUUGCAAUUAUAGGUCGCCUCGGAAAUCAGAUGUUUCAAUAUGCUUCAAUCCUUGGCCUAGCCGACAUGAUGAACUUCACACAGAUUGCCAUCGAUGGAGGUCAGGAUCUGUUGUCCUCAUUUCAACUCUCUGACAAAAGAGUAAAUUUUACUCGAAUAUCAACCAAGUGGAGAACUAUAAAUGAACUUCUAUGUUGUGCUUUUGACAAACGACUUACCCAGUUCAAUAACACAGAGGAUGUCCACGUAAACGGAUACUUAGUAUCAACGAAGUAUUUUCACAAUAUUAAGAAACACAUUAAAAACGAAUUCAAAUUUGUGCCCCGAAUCUUGACAGAGGCAAAGAUAAUUAAAAAUGACAUUGCGAAACAGUUUAAUGUCACAGGAAUAAAUUACACAUACAUCGGUGUACAUGUCCGAAGAGGUGAUUUCCUUGAGAAAAGGAACAUCGAGGCCGGUCAUUUCACUGUAACAAAAGAAUUUAUUACUCGUGCAUUACAAAUGUGUACUAAAAUGUUUGGAAACGAUACCAUUUUCGUCUUUAGUUCGAAUGGUAUGGAUUGGGUUAAAUACAAUUUUAAUAACGACACAAACUUGAAGAUGGCUUUCCUAGAGGGCAAUCCUGCCGCCGUGGAUAUGGCUGUUUUGAGUUUGUGUGACCAUAGUAUUGUCUCCACCGGGUCUUAUGGUUGGUGGGCAGCCUGGCUGGCGGGAGGGACGACUAUCAUUUCUAAGCAGCAGGCCAUAAAUGAAUCGUUUCUUGAUAAGCAAUUCGUCUAUUCGGAGUAUUUUCCUCCGAAAUGGGUAAUUUUAGAUUGAAACUGAUGAGUAUGCGUGUGCUUGGUUAUAUAUGAAGACGCCAUGUUAUAUCCAAAAAUAGUUUGAAAAAUAACGGUAAUAUUGACCAAACAGGCGGAAUAGUGAUUAGUUGUUCUUUAUCAAUUUCCGGAUUCAUUUAAAAAUAAUUAUUAAAUAGUUAUGUAAGCAACGUUAUUAAAAAUAUCACCUUCUUUACGACAAACAUGAACAUAUAAGAUAUAACUGUAGACGAAUAAUAUCUCGCAUUUGUUCAAUAUAUGUUAAUGGUCGAAUAUCGCAAACCGUACCGUAAUUAGUACUGGUUGUUUUUGCUGUAUGAGGAAAACAGGUAAAUACACUAGAAUUAUUUCUGAAACAGACAACAAGCGUUGAAAUGAUCAAUAUUUAUUACAUUUUUGUCGUGACUAUUCAACACGUGGACAAAGACGAAUUCAGUUUCGUUUUAAUUGGGCGUACCAACAGAUAGUAGUUUCCACUAGCCCAACCGAUCCUUAUGUCUUUUCGUAUUACAAAAUUGGUUUAUAUAAUGCUUUAUUCAUUCUACCAUAUAUGCUAAAUUAACUUUUACAUUGAACACUUCACUUUGCAUAUUUAUUUGGAAAUGAAUUGCCAUGUAUUUGUUUAUGCUCGAUUUUAAGCUGUGUAAAUGUAUUUAUGAUAA